AAGGACAUGUCACUGAAGCCUCAGGAGAGAAAGGAAAAAUGGGAGAGACACCCUGGAAAGAAACUUCGGGAAAGCGAACAUUGUGUCUCGGCUGAACCCAGCGAAAACGGGCACAGUAACGAUGCCGGAAGUUCGGGGAGAGAAACGGAUCGAGGGAAGGAGAGAGUGAAAAAGAAAAUUCCGUUGAAGGUCCAGAAGCAGAUGAAGGUCCCAGCGAGACGGGGUGGCAGGAACAGUGAAGAUGACAGCAUCCGGGAAGCCACCAGCUCCCAGCUCAGUAGCUCGAGGGACUGCCUCAGUGAUAGUUCUGCUCAGUCGUUGUCAGGAAAAGGUUAUUCGUGUGACAGUGAGAGCGAUAUUGACGAUAAGAAUUCAGCGGAUCUGGAGUUACCUCAUAUCAGGAGCGGCUUGGUAGCCAACAAGGUGUCGGAAGGUUCCGAGAAGCUGUUCACCCCUCCAGCAACAAAAGCAGAAGCAGCAGUGCCAGCAGCGCCACGAGCAUUAGCCUGCCCAAGCACCUUUCUCUCUCCCCACAGAUCCCACCCCACCACUCCUCUGGCCCUGUGGUGCCCCUUUCCAUCUCCAACCUUGCCGCUUCGCACUUCCCUCUCCGGUCGCAGUCCCAACAUCAGCAUCAUCCGGCCAUGUUCGCCACCCCUCCCACGCUGCCGCCCCCACCUCCAGCCUUGCCCACCAACAGCCUUGUGAUCCCAGGACACCCCGCAG